AGCACCGGGUUUAAACCCGGUGCUUUGGUAAAAACCCAAUAAACACCCAUAAACUCCCAUAAUCACCCAAAAAAAUAGGUUUUUACGUAUUUUUUUGAAAAUAUGUAAGUAAUACCAAUAAAUUAUUUUUAUAAAUUGUAUUGAUCAAUUCUACAAUAUUAAAUAAAACGUUAACUAAUAAUAUUUCAGGAAAUUUUAAAAAUCUAUAUAUAAUAAAAUGAAAGUAAUUAAUUUUCAGUGUUUUCAUGUUGCAGUUGAUCAACAUGUUGGCCUUUUGCUUCCCGUAGAUACUUUAAAAUUUCUUCAUAACACCUCGUUCGCACACAUGGCCGUAUAUAUUUAAAUUCUUGAGCCACUAACAGUCCGAAAUACUCAUUUCUUUUAUCCUCUUCUCCAUAAAUUAAGCAUUUAGAACAGUUUGUUUCUUCUUUCAGUAAAUUUUCUUUUACUUUAUCCUCGUUUUUUUCUUUGUUGCGACGACGCUGGGUAAAUCAUCUGGACACUGGGUCUCACUAUCGCCAAAUAUAUUUGGAGAUCGGCUUCGGCUACGGCUUGGCAGACAUUUUUUUCUUUCUACAAUUUUAAAUUAAAUUUAUUAGAAUAAAUGCUUCGAACACACGCGAUCUAAGUACCUUUUGUGUUUAUUAUACCUUACCUACCUAGGUAUAAAAAGAGUACUUACGUAGAUUUUCUUUUAUUAACUGUUUUAUACGAAGAUCUUGAUCUCUCAAAUUAGCAUCCAUUUUACUUCCAGUGAUUAUCAACUAAAUUAAUAAUCCACAAAGUAUUAAAUAACGUUUUUAUGAAAUAUUUAGCACAAAAACAAUACCCUUUAAAUAUCGAUCGUCAGUAACUGUGGCUGACUUACCUAUAUUCUAGCAAGCAGGACUGCCAGAUGUGAAGGGGAAAUCCCCAAUAAAUUGUUGCAUGUGACUGAUGAUGUGAGCAUGUUCGUUUCAUAAUAAAAAUGUUGCCAGGUAACCAAAAAGUCGUAUGUUUUUGUGCGAAUUACGAUCAUAAUCUUUACGAUCGUACAUUAAAAAAUAGACAAAUAAUAGUAUGAGUACGAUUUAAAUCGUAUAUCUGUCAACCCUGCUAGCAAGACAGCGACAAAAUCACGUUGCAUAACAAUGUAGCCCAAGCUUAUAUCUUAUGAAAUAUACGGAAGAGAUACGGACUUAGAAAAAACAGAAAUGUUGUUCUUUGUGGAAGUCAUUGAUGAAAUUCUAUGUAUUUUAGCCCGCAAACUUUCUUCAAACAAAAACAGCGCCAUCUAGUAUCGAGUUCUGUAAUUAUCUCUUUGUUUAUGGAUUUGAAGUAAGACCGCCACGCAUGCAAUACAUUAUGACUGGGGAUUCCCCUAUUCGUCGACGCUGAAUAUGAGGCGACGACAAUCACUGUCAAACGUGUUCACUAUUACUCUGACUCUGGUAACGUGACUUCCUGGUAACGUGUUAGGUAGGAAAAGCAGUAAAAAAGUGCAUAUUAAGGGAGCAGAUUUGAAAUAAUAUUUAUACUUAACAAGAAAUAAUUAAAGGUUCAAUGGGGAGACCUAAAGAUUUACGCAUAUGGGAGCACUACCGUACUUUACCAAACAAGUCUGUUUCUUGCAAGCUUUGUAAUAAGGUCUACAAAUUCAGUAAUGCUGCCAAAAUGCUUCAACAUCUUAUCACUUGUCCAAAAUCUCCAGAAACAUUAAAAGACUCUAUGAAACUUAUAAAAGAUAGCUCGUCCAAAACCAAAAUGUCUGGACUGUCAGAGAUAGAGACAAAUGAUUCUUUUAUAAGCCCCUCGUCGUCUGCUAACACUACAAUAAAUGCUGAGUUUCAAGACACCGAUGAUCAUAUAAAAACAGAAUUAGCGAGAGCUAUAUUUGUAACAGGGACGCCAUUAUCGAUGGUGCAACAUCCUUUAUGGAUACAAUUUUUCGAAAAAUUGCAACCAAAAUUUAAAAUACCUUCACGUAAAGCUUUAGCGACAAAAUACUUAGAUAAAAUAUAUAGAGAAAUGCGUUUUGAGUUAAAUGAGGAACUAAAUGCUUGUAGUUACUUACACCUUCAGUGCGAUGGCUGGUCUAAUUUAAGAAAUGAAGGAAUAAUAAACUUUCUUAUAUCAAAACCUCAACCUGCAUACGUUAAAAGUUUGAAUACAGAAAGUAAUCCUCACACUAGUGAAUACCUUAGCCAAGAAGUUGAAAAAGUAAUGAAAGUGUAUGGAGCAAAUAAGUUUCUUGUACUUAUUGGCGAUAACGCUAGAAAUAUACAAAAGGCAUUCGAAUUAACAAAACUCAAAUAUCCACAUGUUGUUCCUCUCGGUUGCUGUGCACAUAUCCUUAACUUGUUGUGCCAAGAUAUUGUAAAGAUACAAGAAGUAACUGUGUUUAUUAUGCAAGCCAUAAAUAUAAUAAAAACUGUUAAAAGGAGUCAACGAUUAAGUUCCUUGUUGAUAAAAUCAAGGCAGGGUGAAGAUUCUACACAAACACUAAAAUUGCCUUGUGCUACAAGAUGGGGAAGUCAUGUUACUUCGUUAAAAAGUUUGAAAGCAAAUAAGAUAGCUUUGCAAAUAUUAACAGUUAGAGAAGAUGUGGUAAUUUCAAGAGAUAUUAAAGAUUUAAUUCUAAGUGAUGAUUUCUGGACGAAGACAGGGGAAUGUAUAAGUAUUUUGGAACCAGUCACUGAAAGCAUAUUUUACUUAGAGAGCGACCAGAAUCGUUUGCAUCGCACAUACAUUACAUUUAGAGAUGUACAAGCUAAGAUACGUUUUGCAUUAAAUGAGAUUUCGACAUUGAGCGAAGAAAGCAAACAGCAGAUUCUAACAUCAGUAUCUUCAAGAUGCAAUAUGGCAAUGAGGCCAAUACAUUUUGCAGCAUAUAUUCUAGACCCCAGGACUCUAGGAGUCGAACUUACUCAAGAGGAAGAACUUAAGGGUAUGGAGUUUAUCUACAAUUUAAGCCAACACUUAAGUUUGUCAAAUGUAAUGGCAGAUUUGGCGUGUUAUAAAGCUAAAGAAAACUUUUGGGCCAGAGGAUUUGUAUGGAGCUCAUUAGAUAGCAUUGAGCCCCUAAUAUGGUGGAAAGGUAUUUGUGGUUCCACUGAGUUAAGCAAAGUAGCGAUUCGUAUUCUAUCAGCUCCCUGUACUUCGGCAGCCACUGAGCGUUCCUUUAGUAUCCAAGGCUACAUACAUAAUAACAAAAGAAAUCGACUUACAACUGAAAGAACUGAAAAAAUUUCAUUCAUUUGUUAUAACUGGAAUCUUAAACAUAAAGCUGAAUGCGAGGACAUUCAGUUUAAUGAAGAAAAUACCUUAGAAGCUUUCAUUGAGCAAGUAAAUCAACAUAACAGUUUAGACGAAAUAGAGCCUAUCGAACCUAUACAAUUCAUCGCUUGUAAUAACUCUGAAUCUGACAGUGAUUGACUGUAGUUUUACAUUUUACUUUCAUCUCUUUCUUAAUAAACUCAAAAUCAAAUUAAAAGUUUUUUAUUCUGUAGGCUGCAUAAUAAUAUUGUCUAUGUCCAGUAUAGUGGACGUCUUGCGGCUGAGAUGACGAUGAUGAAGUACAAAAUCAUAAACACCCAAAAAUUUGGGUGUUUAUGGGGUUUAAACCCAAUAAACCCAAAACACCCGGUUUUUACCCACCAGACUUUAAACCCACCCAGGUGGAUUGCCC